AAACACUCCUUCUGUAAACAACCAAAGAAAUAUUAACAAAUACUGCUCUCAUGCUUUGAGAAUUUAGUAGAACUGAGAUCUUCCUAGCUUCUGGAUUUGGAGUUGGAGAGGGGAAUCAUGGAAUACUUUUGAAAAAAAACCAGCAACCUGGGUUUUCUUCAGCACCUGUUAGCAUAUAUGUAAGUAACGAGCAGCUCAGCAAGCGGCAGCCCUGAACAGCCUUGUCUGAGUUGGGGAGCUAAGCUGGAUCAGACCAGAACCAUCAUGGACCCAAAGGAAAUGGGUACUGGAGGCAUGAGGCAAAGAAGCUCUCCAAAGGAGGCCAGAGGAAAGGAGGAACCACAAAUACUCAAUGAUGGUGAACACCUGGACAGCAUCACUGCCCAUAUCCAGUGGAAGAGACAGCUGGAGGUGAUGAAGGCGGAGGUACUGGGACAGGUGCACAAUCAGCUGAGUGACCUCCUGGACACGGCCUUGGAAGAAGCAGCUCAUUCCUUCCCCCAGCAUUUGAUGGUGGGCCCAGCAAAGAAGCAAAGCAGAGAAAAAGGUCAACCGCUGCAGAAGAAAGUCUUUGUCCGUCAAGUGCCAUUGCUAGACACACUGAUGGAAGUGGAACAUUUCCGUACUAUCUACCACGUAUUUGUGGCCAUACUCUGCAUCUGUGCUAUCAACAAAAUCAUUGUGGAUUCUGUCAAUGAAGGACGCCUUGCCUUGGAUUUCCAGCUCCUUAUCUUCUCUUUUGGACAGCUGCCCAUGACAGUCUUUGCCUGGUUCUGCAUGUUCCUCUACACUUUAUUUGUGCCCUACCAGGCCCUGCAAAUAUGGUCCGGCUCGCUGAAGACGGCCAGGUUCCCCAACCUCUCCACAGUCACCUUGGUGGUGCUGGUGGUGCUCUGCCACACUGCAGUGCUCGGCUUCUUCCCUGUCUAUGUUGCUACCCACUGUAAUCUGGGAGCUGCCUCCCGCUGCAUUGUCAUCUCCGAGCAGGUCCGGUUCCUGAUGAAAACCUACUCAUUUCUGCGAGAAUCCAUGCCUCCUCUUCUCCAUGCCAGGGUCCAAGAUGGGAAGAUGCGCCCGCCUGAAUUCUCAGCCUACCUGUAUUUUCUCUUCUGCCCUUGUCUGCUAUACAGAGAGAGCUAUCCAAGGGACCCAUACAUCCGCUGGAGUUACGUCAUCCAAAAUUUGGCUAAGUUCCUGGCGUGUAUCUUUUAUAUGAAUUUCAUCCUAGAAUAUUUCACCAUCCCUCUGUUCAACAACAUGCAUAAGCAGCCCUUCCACAUCAAUAGCCUGGUGCUCUCUAUCCUCCACACAACAGUACCUGGGAUAGUUCUUCUGCUCCUGGGCUUCUAUUUAUUCAUGCAGUGCUGGUCAAACUGCUUUGCUGAGAUGCUACGCUUUGCAGACCGUGGUUUCUACAAGGACUGGUGGAAUUCCACAUCAUUCUCCGCAUACUAUCGGUUCUGGAAUGUGAUUGUGCAUGAUUGGCUGUACUGCUACAUUUAUCAAGAUUUCCUGUGGCUGAUUGGAGGGAGAGCCCGAGCUGGAGCUAUUUGCCUUGCCUUCCUUGUCUCAGCGGCUACCCAUGAAUACGUGAUAAGCUUGACCUUGGGCUUCUUCUAUCCCGUCAUGUUUGUGCUUUUUAUCACCUUUGGAGUGUUCUUUAACUUUGUUCUCAAUGAUAACAGAAGAAGCCCUGUCUGGAACAUCAUCAUGUGGGCAUCCAUCUGUUUGGGUCAAGGGAUCCAAGUAUGCUUAUAUAGCCAGGAGUAUUAUGCACAGAUCCACUGUCCACUCAAGGAGAAGACCUUCUGGGGGCUGGUGACUCCACGUUCCUGGUCUUGCCACCUAUAAGCAACUAUUUCAAGCCUGUCUUGUCCUAGCCCUCUACUUUGCUUCAAAAAUGAUGCCUGACAAAGAUAGCACGUUACUCUGAUGCUGCGGCAAGAAGGACUCUCAGCACAUCUGGCACCUCCUCCACUCCCUGCAUGGAAAGCUGUAUUUGGAAAUUCCUCACCUGAGGAUUUUAAGAUUUUGCUUGCAGGUUCAAAGGCUCUAGUCUAGUGGAGACAAAGAAAUGUAGCACCUGACAAAAAAUCUACAAAAUUAUAUGCUGUUUCAGGUCCAUAGUUCUUGGCGCUCAAAUUCCAGGGAGAAGGGCCUUAAGAAAAUUCACAAAUCACAGCCCUUGGUUGCUUCCAAGACUUACAAACUGUCACUCUCUUAAUCUAUUAAAAAAUAUGACUUAAGAGUUCCACCAUGAAAUGCAGGUUCUCCCACUUCCCAGCCUUAAUCCAAACUCUGUUGCUUUUAGAUCAAUAGGCAGCUUUCCAGAUACUAGUGAAAUCCAGCUCCCAACAGGUCCAAUGGUGAGGAAUGAUGGGAGUUAGAGUUCAACAAUUCCAGGACCAUAUAUACUUCCUACCACUACUUUUGACUUUCAUUCAACAUUUUGUCUCCAGCAGUGAGUGAAGGGAGGCUGAAUUACCACCACCAGCAUCCGUUCAAUGCCUAUUGUGUGAAAGAUUUUUGAAACUAUAUUUGGAGAUGUGGGAUCCCCAGACCACAAGAGCACAGGCUGCGCUAUGAGACAAAAGUAAAGCCAUCUGCUCACCAUGCCGUGUUUCUCAUCCGAGGAGGAGGCAAGCUGCACCUGCAGCAUUUUAAAAAGCCUAAUUGUGUUCCAAUAGUUUCUCUUAAUAUAACAAGAAGGUGAUCUCUUUCAUUUCACUGCAGAGGUUGAAGCCUCGUCUCCAGGGUAUUUCAGUGUUUCCACAACAUUCAGUCAUGUGAAUUUGAUUCAAAGUGAUGCUAAAGAGGCAAUCAAGAGAACGUUCUUAUCUAUAGCACAAGGCUUGUGUAGCUGUUUUUGCAGUUAUGUUUUUAGUACUGGGGGAGCGGGCAGGCACUCUGAAUAAAUUUUUGCUGGCACUCA